AUGAAACUCCUCGACCUCAACGACGACGCGCUCUACCUCGUCCUCGACCUCCUCCGUCAACCUGAGCUGCGCAACCUCGCAGCGACAUGCAAUGCGGCGCACGACCUCGCGUCUCCCUACGUCUACCGUCGCGUUAAGCUCGACGGCAUCCGCAAGCUGCUCACUUUCAACGACUUCAUCCAUUCCGCGGGCGGCGCGCGGUGGCGGCAUACGAUACGGUCGCUCACGGUCGACGUCCGGCGUGACUUCUGGAGCAAAGACAUCGACAUAUACCACAACACCCAGGCGCUCGCGCGGAUCCUGCGCUCCGCGCCCAACCUCGUCCACCUCGACCUCUUCGAAGAAGGCACCUGGCUCACGAACGCGCUCUACCUGGCCGACGCACUGGUCCACGGCAUGCCCAACCUGAUUUCCCUCUCGCUGUCCGUCAGCGAAGCAGCGCUGCGUCUUCUGCACCGCCUGCGCCAGCCUCUGCGCCGCGUGCGGCUCGACGAGCGCACCCCUUGGAUCCCGCCCCGGACCCCGAGCUCGGACGCGCGCACGCUAAUCGAGCUCGCCUGCCUAUCUUCCACCCUGACCGCAAUCACGAUCGACCUCUCGUGUUUGACCUGUUCACCUCUUCCCACUUUCCCGCACGUCAGGUCGCUCUCCGUCAGCGCCAAGUUUCCGCACACGUCGGUCGACUGGACGCUCGUCCGUCGCGCCUUUCCUGAUUUGCGCGAGCUGGCGGUGGAAGGGUAUCACCCGACGAGGGCUAGCGAACUCGAGGAACAUCUGCAACAGCAACAGCUUUCUCAGGAUUCGAGUCAGAUCCCCUGGCUCAUGGUCUUCCAGGGGAGCUGGGAGGGAUUUACCCAAAUCCGAGGCCUCGGCCAUAUCGAGGAGCUGCACCUCACCACCGUCCCGUCCUCGGAUGCCUUGGUGGAGGCGAUGGAGAAGUUGUCACCGACGCUGUUAUCGCUCGACGCCCCGUUACUCGAAUGGCCCAAGGACACCCUUUCCAAGCUGAUCGACGCUGUUCCGACCCUCAAAUGCGUGUGCGUCGACACACUGGCGGAGAAGAAUCACGACUCCCUGGUACAAGAACUUGACCUCCUCCGGGACACGGACGUUGCCUUGCUGCACGUCCAGUGCUCGAAAUCGAGAUGGGAAGCCGCGGUCGCGAGCAGUUAUCCCGACGCGGUCGACGCUUUCGAAUGCUAUGCGGCCACGGUCCGUCGCAGCGUGCCCAGGCUCCGCCGCCUGGCGCUCUCCAUCGAAGGCCUGGACAAACACGGCCCCGUCGCAUGGCAAUCGGAUCCGGAUUCGGAGGUCCGCAGACCGAGUUCAGCUGCCAGCUUUCGCAGAAUUCCCGAUAAGGAAGGUCAGGCGUGGCGAGCAGACCUGAUGCAACAGUUCUCGCCCCUCGCCCAGCGGCAUACCCAACAUCUGGAGCUAUUUCUUGGUCCGCGUCGUCCCAGCACCGGCGCAUAA